GGUGAAGCAUGACAGUUUGAUUUGUCAGAAUGUCAAAACUGACACUACUUAUAAACAGCAAUCUUUGCAGAACAAUAUUUUUUUGUGAUAUUUGGAGUUUUAGCAAUAGUAAACUAUGCCCGAGGCGCGCAGUCCAAUGGCGAGCUUCGCCCAGUCUGUGCACAACAUCAUCGAUGGGCCUGUUACAUGGUUCAGAGAGUCGAUUGUAGAGCCAAAUCAAACGAAGCAAGCGUGGUACCACCAACGUUUCCGUCGUGUACCUACAAUUGACCAAUGUUACACUGAUGAUGCUGUUUGUCGUUUUGAAGCUGACCAACAAUUCCGUCGCGAUCGAAUGGUAGAAAACGAAAUCGUAUCGAUUUUACGUCAACGCUUCGAAGAUUGCAUAUUAUACGAAGCACCCGAUCACAUGAGAAAAUGCAAGUCAAUACUAGAACAAUACGAGAAGGCUGCUGAAAAUUGGUUUAUCAAAUACGGUGAUUUAGGAGCCUACGCUAAUGCUAAAACCGCAUAUAUGAAGCAGAAGCACCGUUUGAUCUGGGAGCGUCGCCAUGGACCUGUUGGUAGUGGAAUGAAAAGCCAAGAAGAGCUUGCCAGUCCUGCAACGGAAGAAGAGUAACGUAGUUGCUGCAGGAAAAUGCUCAGUAAUACAUACAUUGACAUUUUACUAAGGUUUAAAUUAAUAUGAAUUUCUGUGAACGGUCAGAAUGCAAACGAAUCGAGUCACAAACUAAUACCGGAUAGAUAUUUUAUUUCAAAAUAAUAGAGCCAAACUCGACUCUUUUGGAAAGCAUUGCUUUAAUAAAACAUCUGGAUGAAAAUA